CUUCUCUCUUUUGAAUAAGAAAAUUAAAAAUAAAUAUUACGAGUCAUCUUUCUCACUGAGCUCAACUGUUACAGAGAGAAACAGAGAGAGAGAGAGAGAGAGAGAGAGAGAGAGAGGGCGCCGCCUACCGCUUCAGAUCUGUUGGCUUUAUCCUCUCUCUCAGCUCAUUCUUAAAUUCAUUCACCAUCCCUCUAUGCAACGCCUCGCCGACUCGAUCCUUCGCUGAGUUGGCUCGCGCUGAUCACUGUUACAACUCACUCCCGUCUCCAAUCUCCUUGCUCUCUCGUCCUCCUGUGUGCCUGUUUCGAGGCUUUCCUGCUCAGAGCUCGAAUCGGAUUGCCUUGCAUUUCGGGAACCUUGAUGAUUUGAUCUCCGCUUUGUAAUGCUGAUUUCCCCGUAGACUCCGCCGGAGCUCCGGCGAAUUCGGGGAAUUGAGGCCUGGAUGAGAAGAUGUUCAGGUCGGCGCGAUGGUGGAGCGAGAAGAACAGGAUCAAAGCUGUUUUCAAGUUGCAGUUCCAUGCAACUCAGGUGUCCGAGGUGGGAGGGGAUUCAUUGAUAAUGUCCUUGGUUCCUGCGGACGUUGGAAAGCCAACUGUGAGAUUGGAGAAAGCACCAAUUCGAGAUGGAAGCUGUUUCUGGGAGAAUCCUGUCCACGAAACAGUGAAGUUCUUUCGGGAGCCGAAGACGGGGAAGAUUCACGAGAAAAUUUACACCUUGGUCAUAUCGACUGGAUCAUCAAAAUCUGGUAUUGUUGGAGAAGUUUCAAUUGAUUUUGCUAGCUAUGCUGAGUCCUUCAAGCUUUCCUCUGUUUCUCUUCCCCUUAAGAAUGCAAAAAUUGAUGCUGUUUUGCAUGUUUCCAUUCAAAGGAUGCAGGAAAAUAUUGAUCAAAGAGAGGCUGAGGCAGCUGAGGAAAUUGAAAAUGCAAAAAAUAGUUUGAAGGGUAGAAGCUUGAAGAUACAAUUAAGCAUUGAUGAUGCCGACGAAAGCAUACAAAGCAAUUCUAGUGAAGAUGGAUCCAUCAAUAAAACAAGUUCAGACGUUGCUGAGUUGAAAGAAGUUCAGGCAUCUAAUGGAUCUGAUCUUACAACGUCAAGUUCGGAUGGCAGCUCCGGGCUUGACACCCCCAGAGUAUAUGGACUUGAGAAUAAUGUUCACCAGGAUUCGACAAGCUUCUUACCAUCUGUUAUUCAUGAUACAGUGACUCAGCGAAGUUCAGAUUUUUCUUCGAAAAUCCAUGAAGGCCACCAUAGAUCACAAUGGGAGUGGUUAGGAGGUUCUUCUACUGAAAUAAGUACAGAUGAUUCACUAAACAGUCCCAGGGAUGCUCUUUCGCCAGAAAAGUCUGGAGAGGCUUCAGAAGUUGAGAUUGAAAAGCUCAGAUCUCAACUUGCUGCUUUGUCUAGGCAAGCCGAAGUAUCAGAGUUGGAAGUACAGACUCUAAGAAAGCAGAUUGUAAAGGAGAGCAAAAGGGCGCAGGAUCUCUCCAGAGAAGUUGUUACCCUGAAAGAGGAGAGAGACGACCUCAGGGAUGAAUGUGAAAAACUCAAGGCCUUCCACAAACGUAUGGAUGAGGCAAAAGUUAAAAGUAAGCUGCAAAUUGAGAGAGGCGACCCUUGUGCGCUUCUUGUAGAGCUCAGAGAAGAACUAAAUUACGAGAAGGAUCUUAAUUCCAAUCUUCAGUUACAACUUCAAAAGAUACAAGAAUCAAAUUCAGAGUUGAUUCUUGCCGUGCGUGACCUAGAUGAAAUGCUGGAGCAGAAGAGUAGGGAAAUACUUAACCUUUCCAGCAGAUCUGCAACUGGCGAGAAUGCCGGAGAGGUAUGGGAAACGAAAUCCAAAUCUGAAACAGAAGAUGAAGAGGAAAAAGCCCUGGAGAAGCUUGUUAAGGUGCAUAGUGACUCCAAGGAAGCACACAUGCUGGAGCAAAAGGUUAAGGAUCUUAAUAGCGAGUUAGAGGUAUACAGGAGGGAGAAAGAUGAACUAGAGGUGCAGAUGGAGCAGCUUUCUCUUGAUUAUGAGAUCUUGAAGCAGGAAAACCAUGAUCUUUCAUAUAAACUGGAACAAAGUCAACUGCAAGAACAACUUAAGCUGCAGUACGAGUGUUCCUCUUCUUAUGCUACUAUUAAUGAACUGGAAACCCAAAUUGAAUACUUGGAAAGUGAACUGAAUAAGCAGUCGAAUGAAUACUCGGACUCUUUGGCCACCAUAUCUAAACUUGAAACGCGUGUCAGGAGUUUGGAGGAAGAACUGGAGAAGCAAGCACAAGGAUUUGAAGCUGAUCUGGAUAUUCUUAUGCGGGCAAAAGUAGAGCAGGAACAGAGAGCUAUAAAAGCAGAGGAAACCUUCAUAAAGAUGCGAUGGCAAAACGCUAAAACAGCAGAGAGGCUUCAGGAGGAAUUUAAAAGGCUGUCACUGCAAAUGUCAUCUACUUUUGAAGCAAAUGAGAAGCUGGCUACCAAAGCAUUGACAGAAGCCAGCGAACUCCGCCUGCAGAAGAGUCUUUUAGAACAAUUGCUUCAGAAAGAAAACGAAGAACUCCAGUCAGUUCGGAACCAAUAUGAAGCAGAAUUGCAUGAGCUUUCCAACCAAAUAAGCUUUAAGGCCAAUCAGAUAGAAGAGAUGCAGUCAGAAAUUGAACACAAGUCCAAACAGCUUGAACAUGAAAAGAUGCAUGCUGAAGAAAGUCAGAAGAUUCUCUCGCAGGAGAUACUAGUGCUGAGAUCAGAGAUUGGAAGGCUCAAAACGGAGAAUAUUAAGCUUUCUGUUGAAGAGGAGCAGAGAGAAAAAUUGGAAGGUGAACUGGAAAGAAAGAAUACAUCAAUUAAGGAAGCUGAACUCCUAUUUCAAAGAGGACACGCAGAAAGGAGAGAGAUGGAAAGUGUGAUUGCUUCGUUGAGGAAGGAAGCAGAGAAGUCAACAGAGGAACUAAACGCUAUGAGGAGUUUAAAGGAUGAAAAUGAAUCAAAAAUUGAAAGUCUGCACUUGGAAUUAGCGACUGUAAAAUCUCACUACAACAAAUUGAAGCAAUUGACAUCUGAGGAGGAAUUUGAGAAAGAGAAGCUGAGGAAGCAAGUAUCUCUGUUAAAAGGUGAUCUAAAGAAGAAGGAGGAUGCAUUGAGCAGUUUAGAGAAGAAGCUGAAGGAUACUAACAGCCGGUCAACAGUCUUGGAUAGAGCUAAAACAACUUCAAGAAACAUUAGAUCAGCUUAUGUCCCUUCUGGUCCUAAAGAGAUUGCAAAUCUGAAGGAUAAAAUAAUCAUGCUUGAGGGUCAGAUCAAGCUGAAGCAAGCUGCUCUUGAAACCUCGACAAACUCAUUUGUACAAAAGGAGAAAGAUCUUCAGAACAAAAUUGAAGAAUUGGAAAAAAGAUUGGAAGAAAUCUGUCUUAACAGUGCCAAACUUGCUGAAGCCCAAAAGGUGGCUACCUAUUCCGAGGAAGAGAUUGGAGCAUCUGCUUCAAAUGCCAGAGACCAACCGAAUUUUGAUGAAUUACUAAAUGAAAUGGAAUCACUGAAGGAGAGGAACAGAUCAAUGGAAGGUGAGCUAAAAGAAAUGCAAGACCGAUAUUCGGAGAUAAGUCUCAAGUUUGCAGAGGUAGAAGGUGAGAGGCAACAGCUCAUAAUGACUCUGCGCAACCUUAAGAAUGCAAAAAAGAGAUAACAAAAUUUGCCCCCAAAACUGGAAGCUUGAACUGGCCAUAGACGACGAAGCUGCCGGCUGUCUCUCCCCAUACUUCCAGCUUACACAGCCCACCCACCAGAAUCUUCCCCACAAAUAUAAUAUGUACAUUAGUACCACGUUUUUUUUUUUCUUCAGAUAUAUUUGCUUUAUCAGAAUAUAGUUUUCCUGUGAAGGUAGCAUUGCCCAGAAAAAGAGAGAAAGGAAGGAAAAAGAAAAGAGGAAAAAAAAAAAAAAAUCAUGUGCAUCGACGUAUGUGGAAUCCAGGUUUUUUUUUUUUUGUAAUCCCAUUUAUAUAGUUUGUCCAGAUAAUUGUGAUACUGCUACUGCUUUUGUAUACAUUCAAUUUAUCUGACUGGAAUUUAAUACAAGUUAGCUUUCUUGUUCUUGCUA